GCAGGCUGCCUGCCUCGAUUUUUCUGUUAUAUGUACGCCUCUCUCCCUCACUCGUUGCCCUCUCUCCUUCGUCGCUCCCCUACCGUACCCCAACUCUACUCUACUCUCCUCUCCUCUCGCUAGCUAGCAAGACGGAGUGCACCCGCGCAUGCAUGGACACCGUGUCCGGCGGCCGCGCGUGAACCAGACAUGAACAGGGGUCACAUCAGCAGCUCGGAGCUCAUCGACGCCAAGCUCGAGGAACACCGGAUCUCCACCGCCAGGCACUGCCCCAAUUGCCGCCACAAGCUCGACUGCAAACCGAAGGAUUGGUUGGGUUUGCCGGCUGGCGUCAAGUUCGAUCCGACAGACCAGGAACUGAUCGAGCACCUCGAGGCCAAGGUGAGGGAGGAAGGCUCGAGAUCUCACCCUCUCAUCGAUGAGUUCAUACCGACGAUAGACGGCGAGGACGGCAUCUGCUACACACAUCCUGAGAAACUUCCAGGUGUGACAAUGGACGGCCUAAGCAAGCACUUCUUCCACCGGCCGUCCAAGGCCUACACCACGGGCACGAGGAAGCGGCGCAAGAUCCAGACGGAGUGCGACUUGCACAAGGGGGAGACGAGGUGGCACAAGACCGGCAAGACCCGGCCCGUGAUGGCGAGCGGCCGGCAGAAGGGGUGCAAGAAGAUCCUGGUGCUCUACACCAACUUCGGCAAGCACCGCAAGCCGGAGAAGACCAACUGGGUGAUGCACCAGUACCACCUCGGCGACCUCGAGGAGGAGAAGGAGGGGGAGCUGGUGGUCUGCAAGAUCUUCUACCAGACGCAGCCCAGGCAGUGCAGCUGGUCCUCCACCUCCGCCACCGACCGGGGUGCCGGCGCGGCAUCCAUUGCGGCGGCGGCGGUGCAGGAGCAGCGCAUGAGAGACAGCGGGAGCGGCAGCUGCUCGUCUAGGGACCAUGAGGCGUUGUCGGCGACGUCCUACCCGGGCGGGUAUGCCGUGGCGGCCGCCGUCGAGAUGCAGCAUCUGAAGCAUUCCGGUGACCAUUUCAGCUUCGCGCCUUUCAGGAAGAGCUUCGAGGAGGUUGGUAUCGGUGGUGACCAGGUGCCAUCCGAUCAGCUGCGAAGAUCAGAGCAGCAGCACCGCGACGGCCAGGAACAACAACCUCACCGGCCGGAUCUUGCAACGACGGUCGUGCCUGCCACGGCCUUCCUCAUCAGUAGGCCAACGAAUCCCAUUUCAACUACGGUUCCACCACCGUUGCAGCAUUCCUCUGUUGUGCUUGAUCAUGAUCAGUUUCAUGUGCCAGCAAUUUUUCUCCAUGACAAAUUUCAGAACAUGCAACAACAGCAACAUCAAAAGAUUGACCGUAGGUCUGCUGGCUUGGAAGAACUGAUAAUGGGCUGCACGUCUACAUGUACAAAAGGAGAGACCUCGAUUCCUCACUCCCAAGAGACAGAAUGGCCUUACCCAUACUGGCCUCCUGACAACCAAGAUCAUCAUGGAUAGUAGCAACAAGACUUGGUAAAUAGUGCCAAUCAGUACCAGAUUAAAGAAAAAACCAGCCACGACCUCUUUUACUAGUGUGGUCUCUGCCUCCUUGAAUAUACGGUGUUGCUUUCUUGGAGAAUGCACAACUGUUAAUUGGGAGAAGAGAGAGAUCUCAUAGAUCUUGGUGUGUCAAUGGGAAAAAAAUAAAGAAUCCAAUUUAACUUUGCAACACUCCAAGAUAGAAGAGACAAAGGUGUUGAAGCAAAAGAAAAGAGGAAAACGGUUGGGGAAAGGUAUUGCUGUGCUGACACCAGAAUGGGGCCUAAUCAAUGAAUCUUACUCGAAGUAUUAUUAUAUGCACAUCAUUAAGUUUAUCACAACUUUUGGUGUAGUUAAUUAGAUAUUUCUUAAUUGUAAAAAGUAAUUCUACUGCUUGCAUGUACAUUAACCCUUGUAUAACCUGUGUUCCAAGUGCGCAAGGGUAAAUGGAUUUGACACACGUUUUUUCUCCCUUUUUA